GGAGAUAGAAGCUCUGGCUAAAUACAUGACGGACUGAGAGGACUACGGGGGCUAUCUUAAUUUCCUUUUAUAUGAAUUUUUCUAUGUUAAUUUAACUUUUUAGAUAUUGAUUUCCAUUGUAAUUAAAACGCUGUUUGUCCUAAUUUUAUUUUAUAUAUAUAUUGUAUAGGUUCCAUUAACCCUACGAUCAAAACAGUUUCAUACAAACUCGCCUCAUCUUGUUCUCUAAGAUCAACGUGUCUGAUCAAGCUUGAUCUGCUUCUCUUUUUUUUUUGUUUUUGUAAUUAUUCUUGCUUGAUUCGAUCAACGUGUCUGAGCUUUGAUUCAAGUGGGGGUUUGGAGAUAUAUACCGCCAUCGCCAUGGAUAAUCACUUGGAAUUAGCGAUAAAGGAUGCAAUCACCGCGGAUGAUCUUAAACGUGUGGAUCAAGAAACUCAACACCCUUUGUUAGCUCAGGAGCUUGAUCUUGAUUCCUUGGAGAAUCCUCCUCGGGCCACAACUCAUACAUAUCGGUUAUACUCCAAGGGUUUGGUGAGUGAAGAGCUUAUUAAGGAUGAUACGAUGCUGGUCGUUGGUCUAGGUUUGUCCCUCUGUGACUCGCACGAUUACACGAAACAGGAGAUUAAUAAAGCUCUGAGAAACCAAAAGCUGGCGGCACACCCAGAAGCUGCGGAACUGGCUGCCAUCAUUCACGGCUUGAAAUGGGCCUUGGAACUUGGUAUCGAACGUAUCCAAUUCUUCUGUGACGACUCCAAUAUCUUGGCCUACGUUACUCGUAAAGCUGCACCUAACGAGUCCAUUGUAGCAAAACUUUUGGAGCAUGUGUCUCUUCUUCAGACAAGAUUCACGUCAUGUCAGGCACUUGCAACUGUAAGCAGAGACGACAUCGUUUCUGUCAUUAAGCUAGCAAAAGAUGCUAUAGCUUCCCAAACUAGAUGGUGUGAAGGCGACACCGAGUAUGAGAGUUGUCCAGUCUGCUACGCUUACGUUUCACCUAAUGAUAAGUUUGAGGUGCAAGGCUGCUUCCACCGCAUCUGCGUUACGUGCAUGAGGAAGCCCUUCUCAUCCGAACAAAUACUACGAGGGAACACAGCAAUCUGCCCUUACCCGGAUUGCGAGAAUGAUCUUGUGCCAGAGGAUUGUAGAGCUUUUGCUGAUGCUGAUGCUAUUACUCUUAUGAUCCAGCGCAAGAAGGAGAAGGCUAUCCCCGUUAAAGACAGAGUCUAUUGUCCCAACCCAUCUUGUUCUUUUCUGAUGUCGGACCUCGACCUCAUUAGGCACAUAAGCAAAAAUCCUCGGCACUCAGAAGAAGCACGGAAGUGCAUGGAGUGCGGCUUGUCUUUCUGCAAAAAAUGCCAUGUUCCGUGGCACUACAAGAAGACAUGCGAUGAGUUCAAGAAGUCGGAGUCUUACCUGAAAUCUGACGCGGCGAUUUUGGAGUCUUUUGUGAAGACACAAGGAUGGAAAAAGUGUUCCCAGUGUCAGAGCAUCGUUCAACAUGGUGGCGGCUGCCAACAAAUGACUUGCAGGUAUUGGACAUUUGUUAUUUAUUGAGCCUACUUUUAUAUUAUUUGACUUUAACUAUCUGUCUUUUUGUUCCUGGCAGACAUUGCAAACACGAGUUCUGUUACACAUGUGGCGCUCCGUGUAAAAAGAAGAAACUGACAUGUAAAUGCUCGCGUUCAGGGAAAUAAACAUCCAAGGUUUCACUAUACAGAUCAUUCCAAAUAGUUUCUUAUAUAACUUGUUUUGAUGGUGUUGAAGAUAUUAGUCUCUUCUCAUGUUUUCUGAAACAACAUUAGAGACAUACCAACCGAGAAACGCUAAAACUAUCUCUUAUAAAUAAAGAGUUUUUG